AUGUUUAAGUGCUGGUCAGCUGUUUUGGUUCUUGGAUUCAUUUUUCUGGAGUCAGAAGGAAGGCCAACCAAAGAAGCAGGAUAUGGCCUUAAAUCCUACCAACCUCUAAUAAGAUUGCGACACAAGCAGGAAAAGAGUCAAGAAAGCUCAAGAAUCAAAGGAUUCCUGAUUGAGGAUGUCCCUUUGGGGUCUUGUGAAAAUAAAUACUGUGGUUUGGGAAGGCACUGUGUCAUCGGCAGAGAGACAGGGCAAGCAGAAUGUGCCUGUAUGGACCUUUGCAAACGUCACUACAAACCUGUGUGUGGAUCUGAUGGGGAAUUUUACGAAAACCACUGCGAAGUGCAUAGAGCUGCUUGCCUGAAAAAGCAAAAGAUUACCAUUGUUCACAAUGAAGACUGCUUCUUUAAAGGAAAUAACUGCAAGACCACUGAAUACAACAAGAUGAAAAGCAUGCUUUUAGAUUUACAAAAUCAAAAAUAUAUUACACAAGAAAAUGAAAACCCUAACGGUGAUGACCUGUCUUGGAAGAAGUUGUUGGUGGAUCAAAUGUUUAAAUAUUUUGAUGCCGACAGUAACGGACUUAUAGAUAUUAAUGAACUAACUCAGGUGAUAAAACAGGAAGAACUUGGCAAGGAUCUUUCUGAUUGUACUUUGUAUGAUCUACUGAAAUACGAUGAUUUUAACUCUGACAAGCACCUGGCUCUUGAAGAAUUUUAUAGAACAUUCCAGGUUAUCCAGUUGAGUCUGCCUGAAGAUCAGAAACUAAGCAUUACAGCAGCAACUGUGGGACAAAGUGCUGUUCUGAGCUGUGCCAUUCAGGGGGCACUGAGACCCCCCAUCAUCUGGAAAAGGAACAAUAUUAUUCUAAAUAAUUUAGAUUUGGAAGACAUCAAUGACUUUGGAGAUGAUGGGUCCUUGUAUAUUACUAAGGUUACCACAACUCACAUGGGCAAUUACACCUGCUAUGCAGAUGGUUAUGAACAAGUCUUUCAGACUCACAUCUUCCAAGUAAAUGUCCCUCCAGUGAUCCGGGUGUAUCCAGAGAGUCAGGCUCGAGAACCUGGGGUAACUGCAAGUCUCAGGUGCCAUGCCGAAGGCAUACCAAACCCUCAGCUUGGCUGGCUGAAGAAUGGAAUCGAUAUUACACCAAAGCUGUCCAAACAACUCACACUUCAAGCAAAUGGCAGCGAGGUUCAUAUAAGCAAUGUGCGCUAUGAAGAUACAGGAGCAUACACUUGUAUCGCAAAGAAUGAAGCAGGAGUGGAUGAAGACAUCUCUUCUCUUUUCGUGGAAGAUUCUGCCAGAAAGACCCUAGCUAACAUAUUAUGGAGAGAAGAAGGUCUGGGAAUUGGGAACAUGUUCUAUGUUUUUUAUGAAGAUGGAAUCAAAGUGAUACAACCCAUAGAAUGUGAAUUUCAGAGGCACAUUAAGCCUAGUGAAAAGCUCCUUGGAUUUCAGGAUGAAGUAUGUCCCAAAGCUGAAGGAGAUGAAAUUCAGAGGUGUGUGUGGGCCUCAGCUGUUAAUGUCAAAGACAAGUUCAUUUAUGUUGCACAGCCAACUUUGGACAGAGUCCUUAUCGUUGAUGUGCAGUCCCAAAAAGUUGUUCAGGCAGUAAGCACAGACCCUGUGCCAGUUAAAUUACACUACGACAAAUCACAUGACCAGGUAUGGGUGUUAAGCUGGGGUACCAUGGAAAAGACUUCUCCAACAUUGCAAGUAAUAACCCUGGCCAGUGGGAAUGUUCCCCACCACACUAUUCACACCCAGCCUGUGGGAAAGCAGUUUGACCGAGUGGAUGAUUUUUUUAUCCCCAUGACAACACUCAUCAUCACACAUAUGAGGUUUGGAUUUAUCCUUCACAAAGAUGAAGCUGCAUUACAAAAAAUUGAUCUUGAAACCAUGUCAUACAUCAAGACAAUUAACUUGAUGGACUAUAAGUGCAUUCCUCAGUCAUUGGCAUACACGCACUUGGGAGGAUACUACUUUAUUGGCUGCAAACCUGACAGCACUGGGGCAAUUCCACCACAGCUUAUGGUGGACAGUGUAACCGACUCAGUCAUUGGAUUCAAUAGCGAUGUGACGGGCACUCCAUAUGUCUCUCCAGAUGGGCACUAUCUUGUCAGCAUUAAUGAUGUGAGAGGUCUUGUAAGGGUCCAGUACAUUACCAUCCGAGGAGAAAUACAGGAGGCUUUUGAUAUUCACACAAAUCUGCACAUAUCUGAUCUGGCAUUUCAGCCAUCCUUUACUGAAGCUCACCAAUACAACAUUUAUGGUAGUUCAAGCACACAAACUGAUGUGCUCUUUGUGGAGCUCUCCUCUGGGAAGGUUAAGAUGAUAAAGAGUCUUAAGGAACCACUCAAGGCAGAAGAAUGGCCUUGGAACCAGAAGAACAGGCAAAUCCAGGACAGUGGCUUGUUUGGUCAGUACCUGAUGACACCUUCCAAGGACUCUCUCUUUAUACUAGAUGGACGACUCAAUAAGUUAAACUGUGAGAUCACUGAAGUUGAGAAAGGAAAUACAGUCAUUUGGGUUGGAGAUGCCUAGAAGCCCUAUUAGAUAAUUAUUGAAUGAAGAGUUUUCCAGUACAUUGCACUUAACCCAUUGUUUAAAUUUACAGCUUAACUUUUCAAGAUCACACCCUAGUCAAACAUAAGUUACUUGAUAGACCCAAAUAAAACAGAUUUUUUCUUUUGCAAAGAUGAACACAACUAGUAAUAUUGGUUGACUGGAAAUAUUUAACACAACAUCUAAUAAAAAAAAACUAGAUCAAUCACAAGAUUCAAAUCUAUAAUUACAUUCAA